AAUGAGCAGGGCAGAGAUGCUCGACCACGGGCCCCUGCUGAAUAUGUAUUGGCUUUCCGGCAUUGUCUCAUGGCUUCGCUCCAAGCUCUGUAUUUUCUUGUUCCCUGUGUGAACACCUGCAUUUCACGUCAUUGUACAUUGAGAAAGUGUGAAAACACAUAUUUUUAUGUGUACCGCCAUAUGCAUAUCGGACACCGAUAUUUUCAUGGUUCACCUCUGCUUUUCCAUUGAACUUCAGUUAAUAGCAAGCCGCUGAGGCGAGGACAGUUGACACUUGUUUUUUUAAUACGUCUGUCCUUCUAGACCAGAAAGGAACCAUUUCUAAUGGCCGCCACCUCUGCAUGACGGAGCUCGGUGUUCAACACCGGCGGAGGAGGCAAACGGACCACAGGUUACCACGAUAUGAACAAACAAGUUCCUGAGGCUACAUGAUAACUGUUAUGACAGCGCAUCAACGGCCGUGUUUGUCCAGAAACCAUGGCAGAGGAACGUCAGCCGGUCUCCAGCAAAGCUCCCGGGCGUCUGACGCGGCGGGAGGCAGUGGAACUCAGCUCUAGAAUGCAAACCUGGAUCCGCUCGACAAGAUACGAGCCCACUUCAUACGAGAUAAACGAGUUUGCGAGCUGCUGGAUGAAGACUGUCGCGAGUGGCGGUUUAGUGGGCAUGCUGGCCACCACUGCAUUCCGACGAAAUUUGGGAACUCAACUAGCGACCUUCCUCAUUGGAUCGACCAUCGGGUCAACGCUUAUUUCCCCGACCCAUCAACGCCGGCAAUGGGAAAACAUAAUGGAGAGGCCCGGCUCGGAGCUUGGGCGUGCAGCGAAGUCCGUCCUCUCCGAGUUGCGAGGUAGCGGUGACUACAGGUCAAUUGCUUCUCCGAACCGAAUGAAUCUCUCGGGUCCGCUCCGUCACGACAUGCUUCCCGACUCCGGCAGAUAUUCAGCAAAAGCUGUGGCACCAGUACUGGCACAGCGACCGGAGGAACCUAAGCGAACGACCGUUGUGGUUCAACGCUCAUCAGAGCCGGCGACCGCACGUUUGGAGAGGCAAUUGACUUCAUUGGGAGAAAGCGGUCCUGAGCGAAAUUUGUCUGCACGCGAUUAUGAAGGAUCUCUUGAAGGGGAACCAGGGACACAGUUGUCGUCUAAGGAGAACAGCCUUGAGGAAGUGCAUAGUGCACAGAACGGUUGGCACAUACCAAACGCGAGCGAUGCAUGGCAACCAGUGAACCUCGGGCAAAACAGUGCUGACCGAGCAGAGACGGAAUCGACAAAGCCGGAGCUGCUACACGUUGCCGCUGCUCCUACGUACCGAACGUGGGACGAAAUUCGUUCUGAAGCAAUGUCAGGUCGGCGACAUUCCAACACGUGGGAUGAGCUUCGAGCUAAAUUGCAACAUUCGUCAAUUUCCCCUCCAACAGCUACAGGAGGCACCGAACAUCGAAUUUAG